AUGCUCAAGCUGCGAUUGAGGCCUUGGAGCGAAGAAGACAGCAGAAUCGACUUGCCCAGAGAAAGCGCCCCCGGAAAGUACAUCGCCUCAUCAAAAGGCCAGCAGCAUCCAGCAAUACGAAACCACGGCAGCAGCUCACCAAAACACUCGCCAAGCUGCCUCACUAAGGCGUUCGAGUCUAUCAACACCGGUUAUGUCGUUGGAGCCAUCGGCUUACCUACCCAUUGGUCUACCUACUCCAACGAGGGGGACUCCACCUGGAUGCAAAUCCCCCUGGCCGCCGUCUACUACAAUUCGCUUCACAUUAGCGCCGAACUCGGCAACGCGCGCAUUGUGCAGUUCUUGCUGGAUAACGACGUUGACGUCGAUGGGGUUGAUAGUUCAGGGCGCACAGCACUGCACUAUGCGGCGCGCGGCGCACAUAUCGAAGUAGUCUCACGUUUGCUUGCGGGAGGCGCCGACUCAGAAGCACGUGAUUACAAUGGGUUAAGUCCGCUGCAUGCCGCGGCGGAGGCCGGGUGUGAGGCAGUGAUCCGGUUGUUGGCGCGGGGAGGAGCGGACUUGAAUGCUAGUGUAGGCAUUAGUCGUGACGAAGAAGUGGUUAAAGAAGGAAUUCGGUACUAG